AUGACCAUAGAAUUCUCCUCUCUGGAGAACAAAUUGAAUAAUCCGCAGGUGAAACUGAAAGAUGUGCAGGAUAGUCUUAAUGCUAACCUGUUUAAUCCCCAACUAAUAAAUGAAGAAAGGGAAUCUAUCAUAGAACCACCUAAAUGGGAAGCAAUACAAGAGAAGGUACUGAAACAAAAUUCUGGAGCUACUUGGAUUGCCUGUGGGGAUAACUUACCGGGGGAAGCUGCACAAGAACUAUCUUGUAUUGAUCCGAAUAUAAUUAGAGAUGGACCUUGCCUUACCUUGAUCCAACAGCAACAGCUGCUAAAACCUGUUAGUAAGGAUAAAAUCCUACAGGCUUUUAGGAACAUGCACACUGUCAAAGCACCAGGAAUAAGUGGGUUCCCAGUUAAGUUCUUCAAAGAAUUUUGGCCAUUAAUUAGAGAGGAUAUUAUCAUAGAUAUACUCCAGUUCUUUCAGAAUGGUAAUCUACUUAAGGCUAUUAAUUUCACAACAAUCACCUUAGUGCCAAAGGUACCUAAUCCUACUUGUGUGCUGGAUAAACUGGUUGGAGCAUCUUAA